GAAUUCGAACCUUUGUUAUUAUUAGUGGUCUGUGGAUUAAAACAAUUUUAUUCACUAACAUUAGCGAUGAUCGCCAUAAUUUUUAUAUUUUACUUAAACUGACGCUGGCACAAGACUGGUGGCGGUAAACGAUUCUGCAAGUAAUUCGAACAUUGUUUUUGGAGUCAUUCAUCGACCAGUCAUCACCAUGUCUUUGCGAUGUGUCAAUUGCACACUCCGUAUAUCACGACUGAGACGGUAUCGCAUGUGUGAUGAAAGUGAUGAAAUAGUUGAGAGAGUUAGAAGAUGGGUAUAUCCACGUGAUGUAUCUGGUAGUGACCAUAUUUGUCAUACAUGUUGGCAAUUAAUCCAUCGAGACGAUCAGGGUGAUCCUGCAUUAAAUCUUACACAACCACAACCACUAGGUCAUCAGAAUGUUUGUGUUGGAUGUGGCAGAUCCAUAUUAAGAUUAAGGAGUCGUAUGAUUGUACGACCAGAAAUGUCAGACAGUGACACCAUGGUUGCCAAUGUUUUCUCAUAUUGGAUCAAUCCCCGCCUGUUGUUGCCUACUGAUAAAGCAUGUGUGGCAUGCUUGCUUAGGGCACGACGACUUGCUGACAGCAGCAUACAAGUUAGUAGAGGAGUGACUGAUCAAACUGAAGAACCUGCACCUUCCACGAGCCAAGCUACUGAAGUUUCAAUUAAGACUGAGGACCAAAUAAAGGUUGAAGACCAAAUAAAGGUUGAGGAACCAGACACUUCUACUGAACAGGACCCGCUUCGAAGUAUUACACCCACAGUGCCUGAAGAAGCAACCUCUAAUGAACGUAGUGGUACAAUCAACCCUGCUUGUAUUUCACUUCCUACAUUAAGAAGGGCAGCUGACACAUCUCGUCGUUGUUUAUUUAUAGAAUGCAAUUACCAUGAGAAGCGAACUAUACCUGAUGCACUACGGAAAAGAAUUAUUAAAGAUUUUAGUUUCUAUAUACCGCUCAAUGCUAGAAUUUGUGAUUUCCAUCUUACAAACAAUUUGUUUCAUGAAUUGUAUAGUGCUGAAAAUACAUUAUCUAUUUUUACAGCAGAACAUAUUGAGGAGAUAGUGUUUCUAUUAUCUGAGCACAGUAAUAUUGAUUUUCAUAAUCCAGAAAACUUAGAUGAUCAUCUCUUCAAAUAUUGGUUUGGGAAAACCAAAAGUGAAUAUAAUCAGUUAUUAUCUGAAGUCCCACGGCUGAAAGUGCCACAUAUUAAAUGUGGUUUUAAUGCUCUGCUGUGUAAAAUGCGCACUGGAGAUAGUGACGAAAGGAUUGCUGCAUUAUUUAGAAUGCCAAGAAGAACUUUAGAGGGAAACAUGACUAAAGCCCGAGAAAUUCUUCUACAAAAUAACAUACCCAAACAUUUAGGAUUUUGUGUUUGAUAUGUAUGUAGCACAUGUUUGAAGAAAGGAACUUAUUCAAAGAAACUUAUUUAGCUGAGCAUUUCUUUAGUAAGGUCUAAAGCCCGGAAGGUCUAAUUGAAGAAAGAGAUCCAAUUGUUAUUACUGAUGGAACAUUUUUGUUUACACAGAAAAGUACGAAUUAUUUAUUUCAGAAGGAAACAUAUUCCUUACUUAAGUGCCACAAUUUGGUUAAACCAUUUCUCAUUAUAUGCUGCUAUGGGUAUAGAAUAGGUAAGACAACUCACCAUCCUUCAAGCUAACAUCAUGAGGUGUGAAUAGGUUGGUUGUCGAGGCUGUCAAAGGGUGUGUCAGCAGGGACUUCAAAAUCUUCCGUGAGGUUAUCUACUGCAUUUUUUACAUGGACCAUUAGAAUAUCUUAAAAAACCAACUUCGACUUCCUAGGUCAGUUGUUUUUUUUUGCCUUACGAGGCAGUAAAACCAUUUCCAAAAUUCGAAAAAGUAAUUAACUAAUAUUUGGCGGUUUUAACACUUAUAUGUCACUCCUUGUAGCUAUAUCUAUACCUACAUCUGUCUAUAUAGGUAUGUGGAACAUCUUUUUCCGACCAUUGGUGACGAUUGA